CUCAUCCGACUAAAGUUGAGCUUGAGAUCGUCCACGUCUUCCCCCUCAUCGCUUUCGUUGUCCAACGCCUCCAACAGCCAUGGCUACCACGCAGCAUUAUAUGUGGGCCGCGGGCCACUUCAUCCUCUUGGUAUCGGCCUUGCGCUAUUUACUAGCUACGGUUCUGUUCAGAGGUCCUUCUUCGUGGUGGUACAAGACGGCCUUCACUGGUGCGCUUGCCAGCUAUGCGAUCGUUUGCCAAAAGUCGCUAGGGGCUCCACAACCGAAUCUUGCAUGGGUAUCGCGAGCAAUGGCUGACGAGAAUGUACAAUAUCUAUUGCUCGCUCUGUUCUGGUGGACCUCGAAGCCAAUCUCUCUUGCCCUUGUACCAUACGCUAUCUUCUCGCUCUUCCAUGCUUUAACGUUCUCGCGUACGACCUUGAUGCCCCAACUCCUCCCUCAGGGUCCUCCGGCGACCGCCGGCGGCCCUCCUACACCUCAUCCUAUGCAGAAGAAGCUGCAGACAUGGGUCAAAACCAAUUACGACACUGCAAUGAACGCCGUUGCGUACGCGGAACUCCUCAUCAUGCUGCGCGUCUUCCUAGGUGCCAUCACCUUCCAGAACUCGCUCUUGUCCCCCGUAUUUUACGCCCACUUCCUCCGGGCUCGCUGGUACCAGUCGAAGUUCACCCAGGCCGCUGUUGCGCAAUUGCAUGCCAGGAUCGAAUAUCACAUCCGUGCGCCUGGGGCGUCGCCGGUGCUCGCGCAAGUGUACGACAAGGUCCAGCUCGUGGUAUCGCGCUGGGCGGGCAGCGUGAUUGCGCCGCAGGGUGGUGCUGCUGGUGCAAGGAGGCAGUGAGGUGGCAUGGUUGCGAUGUUGCUGCGGUGCACGGUGGGUGGCGUGUAUGUGCCCUGCGGAUGAUAUCUCUAGAACUGUUCGCUAGUCUUGAAUGUGCGCCUAACGAGUGCAAUGAAAUAUUUGCUGUACAA